AUGUUGGUACUAGAGGAUGAAGUACUCGAGUUUGUGACUGUCCACGUGGUCAGCGGUGGGGUCGAGUUGAUACCAUUGUUGGACGAGUUGGGUCAAACCCUAGAGGUCCCGUUGUCGAGGAGAAAGAGCUUGACAUGGCACGAGAGCCACCUCAUCGAGGCCCCAGGUGGCAGGGGGCUACUGCUUGUCAUGAAGUUGUUCAGGGGCUCUCUCUUCGAGGGCGGCGUGGAUUUUAAGGUGUUUUGGGUGGAAGUUGCCGCCGACCGACAGAUGGAGUGUGUAGAGCUCGAGAGCGUGGAUGAGUUGACCUUCUUCGUCAACUAUUUGGGCAGCAGUUUUUGCCACAUCUCUAAAAAAGGAGUAUGUAGACCGAAUUCUAUAUACUACACUGAUGAGAUAGGCAGAGCGGUGAAAGUCUACGACUUGGGGGAGAGGAGCACGACUGUGUUGAUGCCCUUUCGUUAUGCAGGACGCUGUGUGUCGAUAAGCUAUUGGGUGGAUAUCCCCAACAUUCCUGAACCUGAAGCUGAACCACCAGAAGUUGAACAAGAACCUUGA